UGGAGAUUGACUCCUUGGACUGGAAUGCUUUACUAAGCGAAUUGGAUUCUCAAUAUUUUGUUAAUAAUAUGCCGGCUGUUUAAUGACUCUCUUCGACAUUGAAGAUUUAUGGAUACAACAUAUUGACCACAAAACGCGGGGAAAGGCGCGGCCAAAGUCUGGGGAUGAUGGUGCGUUGAAGUGUCGAUGUGAUUAUUGAUUGUAUAACAAUCGCAUCUAUAUCAACGAGUGGCGGUUUAAACAAAUUUUCACAGUAUCUGCUAAGCUUUGGGCCUUAACCAUGGAAUGUAUCGUAAUGGCAAGCGAAUGACUGGUCAUAUCAACACUUCAUACAGGCUAUAUAUCUAAUAUGGACAGUUUCCCAACUCGGUGGUUUCAAUACCUUGAUGUAUUCUUCGACUUUAUUCUCUAUGGUCGGGUUCAAGAAGCUAGUCGCUGUUUCGAUUGCCGUCUGUGUCACUAACUUUCUGUUUGGCUUUGCUAAUAUUACAUUUCUUGACCUUUUGGUCGGAGGAUUAUUCUUCUCGUUACUCUAUUUGGGAUGGCAACCUCCCUGGUCGUGGCCGCCGUCGCAUUCCACCGCAUCCCUAUCAACCACGGCCUGGUUGUCCAAACUCAGAACAUCAACUGGGCCAGUAUCGUCCUUUUGGUUACAAUUAUUUUAUAUGUAGCCUUUUUGCUGCAGGUGUCACCCCAACCGCCUGGGCUGGAACCGAGGUCUUACUUACUGAAGCAUGAGCCUUGGGUACAAUGCUCAACACUGUCGGCAGCUGCGGAAGCAAUAUAAUAAUUUCGUUGAACUUUUUAUCCAUGAUGAAAAGCUGCGCACCGAGCGGAGUAUUUGGAUUUUAUACGGCAUUUUGUUUUAUC